AAAUGGUCCACAUUAGGAUUUUCUUCUGGAGCGAAAGACCAUGAAUUUGGAGGCACCAGGCUCGAACAUUGAUUACUUUGGGCAUAGCGUAUCUGCCGGGCAUCUUGAGUAGGGUAUGGCGAGGUUUGUCGUUGAGGGUAUGAUUAAAAACCAACAAGUACUACUCUCUCAAAAAAAAAAACCAACAAGUACUUGAAAAACUCCAAACGAGAUUGCGUGAUGUUCUUUCCAACAAGGAAACUCAUAUCUGCAUUCAAACUUUGGAAGCCAAAGUUUUACUUCUUGCAGAGAAACAAACAGAAUGAAGCAGAGAGAGGAAAUUAGAGUGAAAUCUAGCAAAUUCGCUGGCAUUGUCGACCACCAAUGUGCAUGUGAACGUAGGAAGGAACAAAGAAAUACGUGCAAUUUGUAAGGCUUUUGAAAGGAAUUGACGGUAACAGAGAUGAAUGGAACGUUUUGGAAACAGUAGCCAACAAAUGAAGGAACUCCAAGAAUCAGGAUGUGGCUGCAAAUUGUACGAAGUGGGACAGAUGAACACAUGAUUAAUAGGACCACCAGGAAAAAAUCUGCUAAACGAAAUGUGUUUUUCGUUUGACUUGGCAUUGGCAAAAUUCCA